AUGAACGCCUCGCAGGCGGCCAGAGCUGCCUGGCUGAGCUGCUGCAACCAGUCCGGGGUGCAGCUGGGGCUCCCCGAGGGGCCGCGCCCCGUGCAGGCCGCGGUGCUGGGCGUGCUGUCGCUGCUGGUUCUCUGCGGGGUCCUCUUCCUGGGGGGCGGCCUCCUGCUGCGCGCCCAGGGCCUGAGGGCUCUGCUGGCCCACGGGCAGCACGCGUCCCCCGAGGCUGAGCCGGGCAGCGAAGAUUCCUAG